GGUUGCCGGAAAGAUCGGCACGUGACGCUCCCACAGUGGGAUCAGUCGUUAGCGCUUUCGCGAUGACAUUUCCUAACAAAUUCGCGCUUUCGGAAACAAACUUGUUUUUAGUUUUUGUAUUGGUGACAGCUAAUUGUGGGUGUUUUUUUGGCGUUUUCGGGCGGCACGUUCGGAACAUUGAAUCCAAUGGAAUAUCGGUUCUCAACGGAGCGGAUUUUAAUCAGGAUGCUUUGCCCCGAUUCACCGAGCCAAUUCCCAAUGUAACAGUGACCGUAGGCAGAGACGCUUUGCUGGCCUGCGUCGUGGAUAACCUAAGGGGGUUUAAGGUUGCUUGGGUUAGAGUGGAUACCCAAACUAUCCUGUCCAUCCACCAUAACGUUAUAACUCAAAAUCCACGGAUAUCACUUUCAUAUAAUGAUCACCGAUCAUGGUAUCUACACAUAAAAAACGUUCAAGAGGUUGAUAGGGGCUGGUACAUGUGUCAAGUAAACACUGACCCUAUGAGAUCUAGAAAAGGAUACCUACAAGUUGUCGUGCCCCCGAGCAUCAUAGACCGAGAAACAAGUUCCGACAUGGUCGUUUUGGAGUCGACAAAUGUCAGCUUGACUUGUAAAGCUACAGGAUAUCCUGAGCCGUAUGUGAUGUGGAGAAGAGAAGACGGCGAGGACAUACGCUACAAUGGAGAAAAUGUGAAUGUGGUAGAUGGCGAAAUUCUGUUCAUAAUGAAAGUGAGCCGACUGCACAUGGGGGUGUAUCUAUGCAUUGCCUCAAACGGAGUUCCCCCCUCGAUUAGCAAGAGGGUCCAGUUGAAAGUACAAUUUCCUCCGAUGUUGUCCAUUCCCAAUCAACUGGAGGGCGCUUACGUCGGCCAAGACGUCACUCUGGAGUGCCGCACGGAAGCGUUCCCAACUUCAAUCAAUUACUGGACCACCGAACGAGGGGACAUGAUUAUCUCAGGUAGCGAGAAAUAUGAGGCGGUUUCCACGGACAAUGGCUACAAGAAAUAUAUGAUGCUCAAAAUACGUAAGGUUAACAAGAAUGACUUCGGCUCUUACAAGUGUGUCGCAAAAAACUCGCUUGGAGAAACGGACGGAGUUAUUAAAUUAGAAGAAAUCCCCGCACCCACUACUGUUAAAAUUGUGACUCAUCAAGCAACAUCAUCUCAAAUAAAAAAAAGUACGUCAACGCGAAGAGAGGAUUCCAACUCCGAGAACAAGUUCGACGAAUCCAGGAUAGCAGAGUACGAUUACGAUGGUGAAUACACGUUACCAUCAAACGGACCGCCACCCAUUGAAAAGCCACCAGUAAAAGGAUCAGCGGCCUCAACACACAACACUCCUCGAUUAUUCUUGUAUGUAAACUCAUUCCUAUGCAUAUGUUCCUAUAUUUUUAAGUUAAUAGUAAGGUGAAUUUUAAUUUGCAAUUGGGUAGUUAUUCAAGGUUAUGAAUGUAAACAAUUUCUGAUUUUUCAGUUUUGCCCAAAUAUAAUGGAUUCUUGGCUGAUAAAAACAACAUCAACGAUUUAAAUGCCUAUUAAUAGGUACCUACCUUUGCAAUUGAAUAAAGUUCUUGACUGUAUUAUAGGGGUUUCUUAAUGUUAAAUAUACCCUGGUUUAACC